AUGGAGCUGUAUACGGCUUUCAACCCGGCGACUCCACUGGAUGUUGUCGUGGUGGGCAUAAACAAGGAACUCCGAGAAUGCGAUUGGACGGUCAAGGACAUCCCCAAGAAACUGGACAAGCUGGGUGCUAGCCUGCGAGUUAUGCACAAAGAAGUCCUAGACAAGAAUGCAAUAGGUGCGGUGAAGGCGACGAAGGCGACCGAAAAGUACGAGCAGUACAAUAUCAGCGAAGGCGACUAUGUGCUCUGCUCCCGUGUCGACAAACGCUACCAUCCCAAGCCCCUACCGAGUCAAGGAAGUGGGUGA